GCGCUAGUUGCGGCGCUACCAUCACAACUACUAUCGCAGCCGGCGCGCGGCCAACAUCUCUCUUGGGCUUCUAUGGAUCAUCUGCCUGCGUAACGAAGGAUGCAGUCGCCCGUGGUGUGGUUCCUGGCGCUGGCGGUGGCGGCGGCGGGCGCGUUCGAGGCGCCGCUGCUGUACUACCACGACAGCGCGGGCGUGGCGCGCGCCGCGCUCAUCCGGCAUCGCGAGCGCGCGCUGGACUUCGACGGCAGGGUCGCCGGCGGCCAGGCCGUCAGCGCGGGCGCGCAGCCGCAUCUUGGCGGCCUGGUGAUCGCGCUGGCCGACGGCAGGCAGUCGGUGUGCGGCUCCUCGUUGCUGACCAGCUCGCGCGCGGUGACGGCGGCGCACUGCUGGUGGGACGGCCGCAACCAGGCGCGCCAGUUCACCGUCGUGUACGGCUCCAACCGCCUGUUCUCGGGCGGCGUGCGCAUCACCACCAGCAACGUGCAGGUCCACCAAAACUGGAUCCCCACCAUCGUUAUGAAUGAUGUCGCUAUCAUAGUCCAUAAUCACGUAGCGUUUACCAACACAAUCAGACCCAUUAACCUGCCUACUGGCUCUGAUUCCUACAGCGGACAAUGGGCUGUGGCCGCUGGAUUCGGUCUCACUGCUGACAAUGCGCAAAUUACCCAAAACCAGGACAAGAGGCAGGUGUCGCUGCAGGUGAUCGGCAACGACGUGUGCCGCGGCACGUUCGGGCCGCUCAUCCUGUCGUCCACGCUGUGCACCAGCGGCGCCGGCGGCCGCAGCGUGUGCCCCGGCGACUCCGGCGGCCCGCUCGCCGUCGGCUCCGGCGACAGCCGCGUGCUGAUCGGUAUCACUUCCUUCGGGUCAACUGAGGGCUGCACGCGCGGCCUCCCCGCCGCCUUCGCCCGCGUUACCUCCUUCGCCGCCUGGAUACGCGCCAGGAUUUAAGUGACUAAAUUACUACGACACGCGCAACACACCAAUAAAUAAAAUGAAACAAUU